AUGCUUGGCCUUGGUAGUCUUCUCGAAAAGCCGCAACAUGACAAAAAGGGACUUGAUCAGCUCCGUGCAACAUUAGCGGUCGACCGGAACAAGUACAGGGAAGAAAUUGUACGGCUGAGCAGACAGAGACGCCAUGACGACGAGCUGGCUUCCACUAUACUCGAGGGUCUCAGAACCCCAAACCAUCGCACACAGCACAAUACGCCAACCUUUACGGGUACGAACAUCGCAAGCAACGCCGUUUACACAUGCAUCACCGACGUCCUCAGUGCUUCUCAGAGUUUGGUCAGCGAAUACAAGCGACUAGAUGGCACGAUCUCGAAGCUCCGAGAAGACCAAGCACAUCCUAUUGCAGAUACAUGGAAACGAGACAUUGAAGAAACAGAAAAUCACCUCAAAUUUGGAGCAAGAGUGGCACUUCAGAAUGUGAGGAAGGUUUCGGGAGCUAAGAUAACAAGUGGUGAUGCGAAAGGACUGACUGAUGAAAAUGGAGACGUGAACAUGACCGUAGGUGGGGAGGUGCAGCUGGCUUGUGAGUUGCUGGAGAGUCUGAGGAAUGUGGAAAGGGGAAUCAAGCGCAUGACCAAAGGGCUUCCGGUGAACCAAGGCCACUGA